AUAUUGUAUGAGAUUCGAUUCACGUGGAUGAUCAUACGAAACAGAGGUUCUCAGUUUUCACCCGUUUUCUCUUCUCGACAUUCGACUAAACGACAAAAGUUUUACGUUCCUUUUCUUGGCAAUCGAUGUACGGACUUGUCCCGACUCCACAUCAUCACAUGCACACAAUGAGACUAAGCAGAGCAUCACUCAACAACCCUUUUAUUCAAACUUCACUAUUUAUUCUUCUAUGUCGUCUAAAUUAUGAAAAACCCGAAGAACCAUUUUUUCAGGAUCUGGGUUUUCACUUCCUCGCCUUUUUUCUUCAUGGAAAGCUGAUGGCACAACCGAAGUAUUGAUGAAGAAAAAAACUUAGAGGUGAAUUGGUUGAACUCUGAGGAAUAGUUUGAACGAUCAAGUUGAAAAUGGCUACAAAUAUGACGACUGAUCAAGGUCCUGAUAGAAAUGGUACUGUGUGGACUAUAGAUCAGAAGCUUGAUCAACCCAUGGACGAAGAGGCUAGAAAGCUUAAAAACAUGUACACAGAAAAGCUUUCAGCAGUAAUGCUUCUGCAACUUGCAUUCCAGAGCCUUGGAGUGGUAUAUGGAGAUUUAGGCACAUCUCCGUUGUAUGUUUUCUACAACACUUUCCCUGAUGGAAUUAAAGACCCAGAAGAUUUGAUUGGAGCUUUAUCUUUGAUAAUAUACUCGCUUACUCUUAUUCCGCUUCUCAAGUAUGUGCUAAUUGUUUGUAGAGCAAAUGAUAAUGGUCAAGGCGGAACUUUUGCUAUCUAUUCAUUACUCUGCCGACAUGCAAAAUUGAGAACUAUUCCUAAUCAAGACCGAAGUGAUUUGGAACUUACAACAUAUAGUCGUUCUACAUUUAGUGAACACUCAUUUGCUGCAAGAACCAAGAGGUGGUUGGAGGGAUAUGCAUUUAUGAAGAACACAAUGCUUAUUCUUGUCCUUAUUGGCUCUUGUAUGGUAAUUGGGGAUGGAAUUUUGACUCCAGCCAUUUCAGUGUUGUCAGCUAUUGGUGGGAUUAAUGUUGGCCACCCCAUGAUAAGUAAUGACAUAGUUGUACUUGUUGCUGUUAUUGUCCUAGCCAUUUUGUUUAGCAUUCAACACCAUGGUAUAGAUAAAGUUGGUUGGCUUUUUGCUCCGAUUGUGCUUCUUUGGUUUCUCUUAAUUGGAGGAAUUGGUAUAUACAACAUAUGGAAGUAUGAUAGCAGCGUUUUGAAAGCUUUUUCACCUGUGUACAUAUACCGGUAUUUUAAAAGGGGAAAGAGAGAUGGUUGGACUUCUCUAGGAGGCAUUAUGCUUAGUAUAACAGGAACCGAAGCACUUUUUGCUGACCUAUCCCACUUUCCAGUUUCAUCUAUACAAAUUGCAUUUACUGUAGUUGUAUUUCCUUGCCUUCUUUUAGCCUACUCUGGUCAAGCAGCAUACCUUAUGAACAAUUCAGAUCACAUAGUUGGUGCCUUCUAUCAUUCUAUUCCAGAUUGCAUAUAUUGGCCAGUGUUUGUUAUUGCAACUGCAGCUGCUGUGGUUGCAAGUCAGGCCACCAUAUCUGCAACUUUCUCAUUGAUCAAGCAGGCUCUUGCUCUUGGUUGUUUUCCAAGAGUCAAAGUUGUGCAUACAUCUAAAAGGUUCCUGAAUCAGGUUUAUAUUCCAGAUGUAAAUUGGAUCCUUAUGAUUCUUUGCAUUGCUGUGACAGCUGGGUUCAAAAAUCAAAACCAAAUUGGAAAUGCCUCUGGGACAGCAGUUGUAAUAGUCAUGUUGGUGACAACCUUUCUCAUGAUUUUAGUGAUGAUACUAGUGUGGCGUUGCCAUUGGAUUCUUGUCUUGAUCUUCACUGUCUUAUCAUUAGCAGUGGAGUGCACUUACUUCUCCGCUGUAGUCCUCAAGGUUAAUCAAGGCGGGUGGGUUCCUCUCGUGAUAUCAGCAGUAUUCUUCGCCAUCAUGUAUAUAUGGCAUUAUGGUACCCUGAGACGCUACGAGAUUGAGAUGCAUAGUAAGAUUUCAAUGGCAUGGAUUCUUGGACUUGGUCCUAGUUUAGGGCUUGUUCGUGUGCCUGGAGUAGGAUUCGUGUACACUGACCUGGCUCAUGGAGUGCCUCGCAUUUUCUCUCACUUUAUCACCAAUCUGCCUGCAAUUCACUCUGUUGUUGUUUUUGUCUGUGUGAAGUACCUACCUGUCUACACAGUACCAGAAGAAGAGAGGUUCCUUAUAAAGCGAAUAGGACCGAAAGAAUUCCACAUGUUCCGUUGUAUUGCAAGGUAUGGUUAUAAAGACCUCCAUAAGAAAGACUAUGAUUUUGAGAAGAAACUAUUUGACUGCCUUAUACUGUUUGUCCGACUUGAUUCCUUAAUGGAUGGGUGCUCAGACUCGGAUGUGUAUAGUGUGCCCGACCCGCUAGAUGAACAGGCAAGUGACAACCAGUUUAAUGGCAACUCAUCUAUCUCCAAGGUGGAUUCUUCAGUUUCAUCAGUAGAGUCCAUCAUUGAAGUCGGUUCACCACAGCGAGCAAAUGAUAUCAGGUAUUCCAAUCGGGCUAGCAGCCAGAUCGAGAUUGAUGAGUUACAAUUCUUGAGUAAUUGUAAAGAUGCUGGUGUGGUUCACAUCUUAGGGAAUACAAUAAUCCGAGCCAGGAGGGAGUCAAAUUUCUGCAAAAAGUUAGCCAUUGAUUACAUUUAUGCAUUUCUUAAGAAAAUAUGCAGAGAGAGCAGUUCUAUUCUAAAUGUGCCUCAUGAGAGUCUCUUAAAUGUUGGGCAAGUUUUCUAUGUAUAAAGGAUGACUAGAAGAUUGAAUCAUACUUCCUUCCUCAUUGUUCAUCAAAAUGUCGGUGUCAAUAUCACUCCAAAUGGAAUGAUUCAUUAGUAGAAGCAGAAAUUAGGGAGUAGACAAAUCAUUCCUUAAAUGACUUGUCAAACUCAAAAAUAAGUCUCUCAUCUCUCGUUGCAAGUAACGAGGCCUCCUUCGCUUGGCAUUUUUAGUUGUGUUUUUAGGUAUCAAAAGUAACGAAAUGUGGGAAUGGGUGGGGAUUGUGCAA